GACAAUUAGAGGAGAAGAAAGCGGAUAAAAGUUUGGAGUGUGUGAAAGUGCAGGCUGUGGAUGCGGAUGUGUGCGGAAUUACAAGUUAUUUUAUUCCUUAAACAUGCAGAACCGCCGACAGAAGAAGUUUUAAUAGUGACUUUAGACUCAGGGAGAGAGAAAAGGUCUGCUAGACUCGGAUUAAAGAAAGAUUUUCGGAUAAAAGCUUUAAGGAGGUUAUGUAAAGGAAAUAACAGUGCACGAGGAGAUGAGAAGAGAAGAGGAGAUGUGAUGGUGUUCCAGACUUGAAGGUUCUGACCAGAACAUCCGGGAACUUUGGAUGUUUAGGAGCAUAAACCUUUAACAAAGUUGUGUUGUAAAGACAUUACAGUGGAAUAAAGUUGAGAAAAGUGCUGAUUUGGAGUGAGGAUGAGCUCUGGGUGGGAGGAAGGAGAGCUGGACUUCAAACUGAUCUUCGAGGAGGAGCAACAGCACCAGGACAGCACGGUGUUAGACAGCCAACUGACUUCCACACUCAGCCAGUCAAUGGGAAUCCUUCCUUCCCCUCCACCAUCCAAUCACAGGGCUGGCAUGCAUUCCCCGCCCCCCAGACGUGCACUGGUGAGAGAGUUCAGCGGGACAUACGAGAGUCUCCCGGCACGGUCUGUUCAGGUCUCAGAGUCUCGUGUUUUGGAGUGUCCCAGUAUUCAGAUCACCACCAUCUCCCCUGAUGAUGAUUUUACCCCAGAAGGGGGAACUUACUGGGACAGAGACCGUCUCUACCUGCCCCUCCUCGACCCCUACUGUUACAGGGACAGCAGUAUGGGGCCGGGGUCUCUGAGCCCGAGUCCUGCCUCCAGCCCGUCUUCUCGUGGCUGGCUAAGCCCUGCAUCGAGCUGCGAUUCUCUCCUGGUGGAAGACGAGGAGCUAAGUGAAGCCACUACCCACUUCUGCCUGUCGCCAUCAUCCCGACCCACCUCACCUGGGGGUAAAAAACGGAGAAACUCCCCCCUUCCCUCACCAAGCCACUCCCGCAGGGGCAGUUACUCUGAAGACCAUGUCCAGUUCUUGGACACAGGAGACUCCGCCCCCCAAUCUCAGGGUCAGAUUGAGCUCAGUAUCCCUCAGAAGACCAGGAAGACCUCACUGGAGCAGGUCUCCUCCCGAGACGUGGAACUGGAGCAGAUUGCUGCCCCAAAUACCCCCUGCCCCCCCUCAGACAUGGGGCAACUCAGGAGGGAGCCUCCCACAUUGGGGAUGGACUACCUCUCUGUACCGAACACCCUCGGCUGGGGAAGAACCCGUGCCAGCGCCCACAGCCCCAUCUUCAGGUCUAACGCAUUGCCGCCGCUCGAUUGGCCGUUGCCGUGUCAGUUUGAUCAGUACGAGUUGCGGAUCGAGGUUCAGCCGCGUCCUCACCAUCGUGCUCAUUACGAGACAGAAGGAAGUCGAGGAGCCGUGAAGGCGUCGCCAGGAGGACAUCCUGUAGUGAAGCUGGUGGGAUAUGCGGAGCGUCAGCCACUGUCCUUACAGGUUUUUGUAGGAACCGCAGACGACAGAUCAAUUCGCCCUCAUCCGUUUUAUCAAAUACACAGGGUGACGGGGAAGAUGGUCGGCACAGCGAGUCAGGAGAGCAUGCAGACUGGAACCAAACUACUGGAGAUCCCAUUAAACCCCGAGACCAACAUGACAGCACUUAUCGACUGUGCGGGGAUCCUGAAGUUGAGGAAUUCGGAUAUCGAGCUGAGGAAAGGGGAGACGGACGUUGGGAGGAAGAAUACUCGCGUGCGAUUGGUCUUCAGAACUCACCUGCCUUUAGCUCCGCCCCUUGGUCCACCUGGACGAGUGUUAGCGUUGCAGGUGGCCUCUCAGCCAAUCGAGUGCUCUCAGCGCUCAGCUCAGGAGUUACCCAUCAUUGAGUCCAUCAGUGUCACUUCCUGUUUGGUGGAGGGAGGGGCAGAGCUUCUGGUGAAUGGCAGCAACUUCCUGCCCACAUCCAGAGUGUUGUUCAUGGAGAGAGGGUCAGAUGGUAAACUGCAGUGGGAAGAGGAAGCUCAUGUGGACCGUGACAAAAGCUCUGAGAAUGUGUUGUGUGUACGCGUGCCAGCCUACAGCGAUGUGUGUGUGAGUCAGCCGGUGUGUGUGUGCCUGUAUGUGUCCAAUGGCAAGCGCAAACGGAGCAGCACACACUGCUUUAAAUACCUGCCCAUGCUGUGUAAAGAGGAAGACCCUUUGUUGUCUCGACCGUCUCUCUUGCUGUUGGAUGGAGUGAUGCCGUUGUGCCCGCCCCCCCACCCUCCUGAGUACCCUUACACCACCCCGGGGGGGUAUCACGAUGAGUUCUGCCCCCCGCCUGAGACGUCAGAGGACAGGGGGCCGAUAAACGAGUGUGAUCCCUCGUUCCAGAGUCUCGAGCUGGGUUUCAGUGAGCUGUACCCACUUUACCCGCCCCAGCCAUGGCCCGACUCUCCGUACCUGUCCUCCUCCCCAUCCCCGUCUCACUCCUCCUCCAUCAGCCCAUUUCCCAGCAGCCCUGUCUCCACCUCCCCCCUCCCCCCUCCUCUCCUACCUCACGGCCCCCCUGCCUACCACCAGGAGAGUCACAUGACCUUCAGUGGUGCCCCACCCAUGCAGCACAUCACGCUGGACGAAGUGAAUGAGUUUAUUGGUGAGGACAUCAGGACGUUUCACACAGACAGCAGACCUGCGUAACAUCGACACGUCGCUCUGGUUUACACGUACGACUCUAUUUUAUACCUUCUGUUGUUUUUACGCUACGGUAUAUUUUGUGCUAUUUCACAAUAAGGGAACGGCUGUAAGUACCGGUUUUGUAGAUAAACGUUACAUCAGCAUCGCGUUGAUAUUGAACGCAACAAAUGUUUUUUUAAUCGUCUUUAAUAAAUUAUCAUUGUAUUAAAUUGUGUGUGUGUGUGUGUGUGUGUGUGUGAUUUAUGGCUGUGAUGUUACACAUUACUGAUUAAUCGGCAACGGGAUUAAAUCGGCAACGGGAUUGAAUGGAUGGAUAAAAGAGAGAGAGUGUGUGUAUGUGUGUGUGUGUGAGAGAGAGUGUGUUUGUGUGUGUGUGUGUGUGAGAGAGAGAGAGAGAGAGUGUGUGUGUGUGAGAGAGAGAGAGACUCUAAAAGAUGCUGGGUUAUUUUUUCUACCCAAAUGCUGGGUUGAGUUUUUUGAGUCAUGUAAUGGUGUUGUUUUCUGUUUUGGGGUAGUUUUGGGGUAGUUUGUGUAACCCAACCGCUGGGUUAGUGACGGUCAUUUUCACUGCAUUACUCCACUGGAUCAUAAGUUGGUUGCUCAGGUUUUUUUUAGAUGUCUUAAACGUCUCAUUUGAACAAAAUCAGACAUUUUCGUAUAAAAUUUAUGAUUUAUUUGAGUCGUUUACUUCAAAGUUUAUAUAUAAACACUGCUUUAGCAGCUCUGGCAAUACAUCUCUGAACACCUUCUUGUGUGUAAAUAAAGGAGAUACCAUGCUGA